AUGCCGCCCAGAUUACCACUUGUUUCGGCCAUUAAGGCACCAAGCGCCUUGAUGGCCCGGAUCGCGCGCCCGUUCUCAUCGACUCCUGCCGCCGCCCAGUCCUCAGAUCCGGUUUCAAACCUCCUAAACCUCGACGAGAAACCCAAGGUGCACUCUGCCGAUCGUAUCCGUGGUCUCAUCAACAAUGGAAGCAAGGCCCGCAUGGAAGGAGCUGCCGCUCGGAAACGCACCAUGGUCGAGUCCCUCCGCGAGAAAAAGAUCAGCGACGACUACAUCAAGCAGAUGCCACGCCGCUGGCGCUCCGGCGAAGUAUACGCGCCGCACGAUCUCAGCCCUGUUGAGAUGGAGAAAUGGCGCAAGGGAAAGUCCCUCACGGUUGACGUUGUUGACUUGUUGGGAAUCAACCCCCUGGAUCAUUACAGAAAUUUCUCUAUGAUUUCCGAAUACAUGACGAAUUUCGGACAGAUCAAACACAACAAGGACACGGGAUUGAAGCCGACGAACCAAAGGAAGAUGGCGAAGGCCAUCAGGAGAGCGAUUGGAAUGGGUAUCCACCCUAGUGUGCACCACCACCCCGAGCUGCUGAAGAAGAGGUUCCGCCUCAACGCGUCGUGGAAGUAG